AUGUGCCGGGGGGUUCCGCCCCCCGCCCGCCGGGGCCGCUUCCUCUUUCGGCGCUAUUUAAGCGGCUCCCGGCGCGUCCCGCCCGGCCGGGCCAUGGAGCGCAUGAAGGUGACGGAGACCUUUGAGGGCAUCGCCCUGCCCGGCCACCUCCACACGCAGGAGUCCCUCGGCUUCGCCGCCGCCUUCACCUUCCGCCCCACCGAUGUGCUCAUCGCCACCUACCCCAAAUCGGGCACCACCUGGAUGCAGGAGAUCCUGACGCUGCUCUACAGCCUUGGAGAUGCCCGCCCAGCCAAGACCAUUCCCAACUGGGAGCGGGCACCCUGGCUGGAGCAGAUCUACUGCCGGGAAGCUCUGAGGGACACCGAGACCCCCCGGCUCCUCACCACCCACCUACCUGCCCAUGUCCUGGCCCCCGCCCUGCAGCACAGCAAGGCCAAGGUGAUCUACGUGGCCAGGAACCCCAAAGAUGUCGCUGUCUCCUUCUACCACUUCCACCACCUGGCCAAGUUCCUGCCUGACCCCAGCUCCUUCGAUGCCUUCCUGACGCAGUUCCUCGAGGGCACAGUACACUACGGCUCCUGGUUUGACCAUGUCAAGGGCUGGCUGGGCCAGCGGCACCUCCUGGACAUCCUCUACGUCACCUACGAGGAGAUGCACCAGGACCUGCGUGGCACAGCUCAGCGCCUCAGCAACUUCCUGGGGUGCCCGCUGGCCCCGGGGACGCUGGCAGCCCUAGAGCAGCACUGCAGCUUCUCUGCCAUGCGGGACAACGCCAUGGCCAACUACUCCCUCAUCCCUGCCGAGAUCAUGGACCACAGCCAGGGCCGCUUCAUGCGCAAAGGGGUGGUGGGGGACUGGCGCAGCCACUUCUCCCCUGAGCAAAACGCCCUCUUCAACCGUCGCUACCAGGAGGAGAUGGGGGACAUAGAGCUGCCCUCACAAUGGCCCAUGGCCUGA